AUGUGGGAAGGCUUGGUUAUCCGCUUUAAGAAUAACAAUGAGAUACUGGAAAGAAACCCUUUGAUUGUACGGAAUGUGGGAAGGCUUUUGGUUAUCCUUAUCAGCUUACUGCACAUUGCACAGUUCAUACUGGUUAUACGCCCGAGGACUGAUGUAUCCAGAGUUCCAGAGAAGCCUUGGAAAAUAGUGAAGGUAUAUGCUCGUAUGUCAGAAGUCUUAGGAAUAACAGAUGAUAACCACAUUCUAGAAACAUUCAUGACAAAAAUUGUUACAAACCUUAAAUACUGGGGAAGGUGUGAGCCUGUAAUUUCAAGAACUCUUCAGUUCCUAAAUGACCUUUCAAUUGGCUAUAUCCUAUUAAAAAAGCUUGUGAAAAUAGAUGCUGUGAAAUUCAUGCUAAAAAACCACACAAGUGAACACUUCCCUUUUCUUGGCAUCAGUGGCAGUUACAGUCCCAAUGAGUUCAGGUGCCGAACAACCUUCUACACAGCUCUCACUCGCCUUCUGAUGGUAGAUCUCGGUGAAGAUGAAGAUGAAUUUGAGAAUUUUAUGCUGCCUCUUACAGUCUCUUUUGAAACAGUAUUACAAAUAUUCAACAACAAUUUCAAACAAGACGAAGUAAAGCGUAUGUUGAUCGGGCUGGCAAGAGAUCUUCGAGGGAUUGCCUUUGCACUGAACACAAAGACCAGCUACACCAUGCUGUUUGACUGGAUAUAUCCAGCAUACCUUCCAAUUCUUCAGAAGGCUAUUGAGCGAUGGUAUGGAGACCCUGCGUGUACAACUCCCAUUCUGAAGCUUAUAGCAGAGCUGAUGCAGAACAGGUCCCAGCGUUUGAAUUUUGAUGUAUCAUCUCCUAAUGGAAUUCUUCUCUUCAGAGAAGCAAGUAAAAUGAUUUGCACUUAUGGUAAUCAGAUCCUGUCUCUUGGGAGCCUCUCAAAAGAUCAGAUUUAUCCAAUGAAACUCAAGGGCAUCUCCAUCUGCUAUUCAGCUCUCAAAUCUGCCUUAUGUGGAAAUUAUGUCAGCUUUGGCGUCUUCAAGUUGUAUGGGGACAACCAUUUUGACAAUGUACUCCAGGCCUUUGUCAAAAUGCUGCUGUCAGUGUCCCACAGUGACUUGCUACAAUACCGGAAACUGAGCCAGUCUUACUAUCCACUCCUGGAAUGUCUCACCCAGGACCAUAUGACCUUCAUCAGCAGCUUAGAGCCUCCUGUGCUCCUGUAUGUUCUCACGUCCAUUUCAGAGGGACUCACCACUCUUGAUGCGCUUGUCUCCUCCAGCUGCUGUGCCAGUUUAGACUCCAUGGUCACCUCCCUCUUCAAGCACAUAGCAAAGGAGGGGAAGAAGCCACUUCGAUGCAGAGAGGCUGUGCAGGCUGGUCAGAGACUGUUCCAUUUUAUGCAACAGAACCCAGAUGUCCUGCAACAGAUGCUGUCCAUCCUCAUGAACACUGUUGUCUUUGAAGACUGUCGGAACCAGUGGUCAGUAUCCAGGCCUCUUCUGGGGCUCAUCCUGCUCAACGAGAAGUAUUUCAGUGAGCUGAGAGCAAGUCUGAUAAGCAGCCAGCCUCUCUCCAAGCAGGAGGUCCUGGCUCAGUGUUUCAGGAAUUUGAUGGAAGGAGUGGAGCAGAACCUGACUGUCAAAAACAGAGACAGGUUUACCCAGAACCUCUCCGUCUUCAGAAGAGAUAUAGCAGAGGCCCUGCGCAGUGAUUGCCACAUGGAGCUGUGCAGCCUGGACAUGAUGAGCUGACAAGACUCUCCGGACCAUGCGCCAAGCAGCCUUUGUCAAGAGACUCUCAAAGGUCUAGUCCCAGGACUGAGAUACUGGCUAGCCCCAGAGAGCCUGGUUUUCAAAGCAGACAACAAAAGCCCUCCAGUUUUAAGACUGGCCUAAUGACAAGAUGUAUAAAUAGUGCACAUGCUAUGUAAACUCAGUCCUCACUGUGAAAAGCAAAA